AUGGCCGACGAUAUCGAGCUCAACUUCGCGCCGCCCUCGGCCAACAGCGUCAGACAGGCAAAGCCCAAAAAGGGAGGUCGUUGGACAGACAGAUUGAUCAACAAGAGAGAGGCCCGCGAUGCCUACAGAAGUGCCAACGCAAAGCCCCAGGAGGCAGUUCAGGUAGCCGCUGCGCCUGCUCUGGCCCCUGUCGCUGCACCCAAGCCCAAAUAUGUCCCUCCCCCUGCGCCCGUCUCCCGACCUCCACCUCCACGACCAGCUGCUCCAGCCAGGACUCUCUCCAACGCUGAAGCAGGCCCUUCUCGACCUGCUCCCAGAACUGUGAGCUCGUCUGCACCCAGACCCGUCUCCAAGCCCGCACCCAAACCUCGCCAAUCCAACCCGGAUGUCAACUAUGACCGCGCCCCUCUCCCCUCGCAAGCUCAGUCUGCGCCCCAACAGCAAGCGCCUGCUGCACCUAAAGCACCCCAAAUCAUAUCUUCAUUAUUCAGCUAUGUCGAUAUGCCUCAGGUCAAGGCGGCCGAGCAGCCUGCUCCUGCCAAAAAGCUACCUUCAAAUGCGCCUGGCGGCGACCCGACAACUUUCCAAGGUCUUGGUCUGAACAAGCUUCUUGUGAGGCACCUGAAGAGCAAGAUGGGUGUGGAGAAGCCCACCGGUAUCCAGAGGAACUGCCUUCCUUAUAUGCUUUCUUCUCCUCUCAACCCGGACAAGAAGGCCGGUGACGCAGGCGAUGAGCCUCUACGAGAUGUCCUCAUCCAAGCUCAAACCGGUUCCGGUAAGACCCUUGCCUACCUCCUCCCCAUCAUCCAAACCCUCCUUCCUCUUUCCCGACUAUCCUAUAUCGACAGGUCUAUCGGCACUCUUGCCAUCAUCCUCGCUCCCACGAGAGAAUUGGCGCAACAGAUUUCUAAAGUGGUCGAAUCAUUGCUUCACAUGUCUCUAGCUUCUAAUGAAGAAGACAGCGAUAGCGACGAGGACGAGCGACCAUUCACUCGAUGGCUUGUAUCCGGCUUGCUUACCGGUGGAAGCACCAGGACGCACGAAAAGGCCAAGCUGAGAAAAGGUGUGCCCAUCCUCGUGUCCACCCCCGGUCGUCUGCUUGAUCACCUGCAAAACACCAUGUCUUUCCAAUGCGCCAAGACAAUGUUCCUUGUGCUCGAUGAAGCCGAUAGAGUCAUGGAUCUCGGUUUCGAAGAGACUAUCCAGGGUAUCAUCAAAGCUUUGGAAGGAAGGAGAAGGAACGAGAUCAACAUUGAAAAGGCAAUGGAUGAGGAGGGUGGUGGUACUAUGCGAUGGCCGUUCUGGGACCGAGGAAGACUCAAUGUUCUUUGCUCGGCUACUGUAGACGCCAAGGUGGAGAAGCUGUCUGGCGCUGCUCUGAGAGAUCCGGUGCUUUUCCGAUCAGGAAAAGAGGAGAAGGAUGGAAAGAAGUUGCUGGAUGGCAAGCCGGACGUUGUUGCCGAGGCGAUCGAACAAGCGUCUGCUGUGGUCAUCCCCCAAGAGCCUGAAGACAAGUUUACCCCGCCCUCGCAGCUUUCGCAAAAGUAUGUGGUCGCCCCUACAAAACUUCGUCUGGUUGCUCUUGUAGCCCUCCUUCGAUCUCUCGUCUCCUCUGCCAGCAAAAUCGAUGUCGACGCCAAGGGCACAAAGGUCAUUGUCUUUUUGAGCUCGACGGAUGCCGUCGACUUCCACUGGAAGAUGCUGGGUGGUGUCCAGAUGGGCGAGCAAGAGGAAGAAGCUGCGGAGGACUCUGAAGAUGGUAGUGACAGCGAGGAGGAUGUUGACUCUGACGGCGAGCCCAAGGCGAAAAAGACAAAGUCAAAGUCCAAAUCCAAGCCCAAGCCAAAGGCCGUGGAUGAACCGGUCUCCCUCACUUCAUCCCUUUUCCCAAACACUACUCUCCAUCGUCUCCACGGUUCCCUUCCACUCCGAACUCGUCUUGCCUCUCUCGGCGCAUUCGCGACCGCCUCCUCUCAGCCCGCUAUCCUCUUUGCGACUUCUGUUGCGUCUCGUGGUCUUGAUCUUCCCCUCGUCCGGGCUGUCGUGCAGUACGAUCUCCCUACAGAAGGCGGAGCCAACGAGUACGUCCACCGAGUGGGUCGUACCGCGCGAGCCGGUAAAGGUGGUGAGGCCUGGGCGUUUGUUGGGCCGAGUGAAGAGAAGUGGGUGCCGUGGAUGGAGGCCAAGAUGGGCUCAGCCGAAGGCAAGGGUGGAGUCAACUUGGCGCAGGUUGGCGUUGAGGACGUCUUGAAGAAGGGAUUCGGAGGCAAGGGCUGGGAGUUUGAGAAUCGAGCGACAGAGGUGCAGAAUGGCUUUGAGACUUGGGUUCUGAACUCUGAGCCUAAUGCUGCGCUUGCCAGGAGGGCUUUCGCCUCGUUUGUACGAGCCUAUUCUACUCACCCUCUCGAAGAAAAGCGAUUCUUCCACCCCAAGUCGCUUCAUCUGGGUCAUCUUGCCAAAGCCUUCGCUCUACGAGAAUCUCCCGCUCAGCUGGCCGGCGCUCUCAAUGCUGGCAAGACCAAGAAGGCCAAGGCCGGCUCCUCUGCCAGUGCCCAGCCAGGCAAGAGAAAGCGUGGCGAGGAGGGCGACGACGACGAAGACGAGGUCAAGGGCGGCAAGGAGUUGACGGCGAGGAACGAGACUGAGAGAAGGAUGUACGAGGCUGUCAGGAAGCAGGGUCGAACUCUCAAGAGCGGGGGUAAGCUUGGUGUGUUUGCUGGUGGCAAGGGCUCGUCUGGUGGCGCCCAAAGAGGUGGCGCGGCUUCAGGCGGAGAGUUCCAUGUGGUCGACACUGGGGAGUUGGAGAGGCUCGUCUCUGGCAGAAAGUAA